AUGCCCAAAAUCAUCACCAAGACAGACCAAGUCAACAUCAAGAUGCCACGUCCUGCCACUCCCAAACCGGGCUUCUCCCUCCUCCGCCUCAACAAUAGCAAGAAGCCACAUAACAUCGCAAGCUUAUCCACCCAAGCGAAAAUCAACCUCAUCAACUCCAUCGCUCAAGACAUUGAAGGCUGCAUCUGGGCCGUCGGUCACUAUGUGAAACUUGGCGUGUUAGACUCAACACACACACUCGGUUUCGACCAAGUCCUAAACGACAUCUACAAGGACGAACGUUCCGAUAAUGAAGAGGUGCUACUAUGGGCAUUGCGGAGUAUGGAGCGUUACAAGAAGCAGGCAAGAGCCGAGAGAAAGAGAGCGAAGAGACUUGAUGCAAAAUUACGAAGAGAGAGAGGCGAAGAGCAAGGAAAUGGAGAUCACAGUGACGAUGAGAAUCCCAUCGAUUCGGACUCGUCUACUGCUUACCCCGAAAUGAAAUCCAUGAAAAGACAAGGAUUGCAAAGUAGCCAAGGUGAUCAGACCCAAGACGUUGCUGAUACGGUCAUGACCUCUCCUCCUCCCUCACCUACUCAAGGAUGCAUGGACGUCGAUGGAUCAAGUGCACCGUUUUAA